UCGGCAAGUUCGCCGGGGCGCCAAAUUUGUGCUCGCGUUUCACUGCCUUUUUUUUUUUUCCUUUUUGGCGUGUGAAUUAUUUUCUUCUUUCUACCUUUCAUGCUCUUUCACUUUCUAGUGGAGUUGAACGCCAGUGCAUGGGUUAGGAGAUAGGACCGUUUAGUUUUAUGUGCUAUCUGAAGUGCAACUGAAAGUUUGGUAAUACGGCAAAGUAGAUGGCGCUACACGACCUUGACAUUCUACUGGAACUCGAGUGAAGUUGUCAGACGACACGGAAAUUUCACUCAGCUGGGUUAAGUCAAGCCUUCAAGACGUCGGUUCUACACAUCACACCGGUCCUGAACUACUCAACCAUGGGUCCUGGGCCUGAUCUGCCUCUGAUGGACGGUACCCCCACGAAGCUGAUCGACAAGCCGGCCACCAAGCAGGAGCCCGAGAGGGAGAAGUGGGGGAAGAAGAUCGACUUCCUCUUGUCCGUCAUCGGCUUCGCGGUGGACCUGGGCAACGUCUGGAGGUUCCCUUACGUCUGCUACAAGAAUGGAGGAGGAGCUUUUCUGAUUCCCUAUCUGGUCAUGUUGACAUUCGGAGGUCUGCCUCUCUUCUAUAUGGAACUAGCACUUGGACAGUACCAGAGGUGUGGAUGUUUCACUGUGUGGUCAAGGCUGUGUCCAAUGUUCAAAGGUAUAGGGCUGUCAAUCUGUGUCAUUGCGACCUUAGUGUCCUGGUACUACAACACCAUCGUGGCCUGGGCUGUGUACUAUCUGUUCUCCUCCUUCACAAACUCUCCCCCCUGGCUGACCUGUAACAAUACAUGGAACACCGACAACUGUACUACCUUCUACGAGAGAGUUCUGAAGGACUGCACACCCGAGACCAUCAGUCUGGACAUUGGUCAGCUUAACGCCACUGCCUUGUCUAAUGAGACAGGUGCGGGGAGAUCCAACGAGACUGUUAAUUGUAGAGAGGUGAAGGUCAACGAUCUCGCCAACAAUUUCUAUUCAACAGCGGCGUCUACAGAGUUUUUCGAGCGCGGGGUGCUCGAGUUACAACAUGCAGACGGCAUCUCCAGAGUCGGAGGCAUCAAGUUCACCCUGGCUCUGUGUCUGUUUAGCGUCUUUUUUCUGGUCUACUUUGCACUUUGGAAAGGAAUCAAAAGUUCUGGCAAGGCUGUGUGGAUCACCGCCACCUUCCCCUACAUAGUGCUGUUCAUUUUGUUAUGCAAGGGCUGCACGUUACCUGGCUCGCUGGACGGCAUCAUCUAUUACCUCAGUCCACAGUGGGAUAUGCUGCUGACCAAAGAUAUUUGGAUCGCAGCAGCAGCACAGAUUUUUUUCUCUCUCGGUCCAGGUUUCGGAGUUCUGAUGGCGUUGUCUAGCUACAACAAGUUUAAUAACAACUGCUAUCACGAUGCUCUCAUCACAUCCGCCAUCAACUGCAUGACCAGCUUCCUGGCGGGCUUUGUGGUUUUCACUGUCCUGGGCUACAUGGCCCAUGUCCAGCACCGGACAGUAGAGACUGUAGCCAGACAAGAUGUUGGUCUUAUAUUUGUGGUCUAUCCCGAGGCUGUGGCUACACUGGAUGGCACUUCCUUCUGGGCAGUCAUUUUCUUCUUUAUGCUCAUCACGCUAGGCCUGGACACCACGUUUGGUGGAUUAGAGGCAAUCAUCACUGGGAUUUUAGACGAGUACACAUUUCUACGUAAACACAGGGAGCUGUUUGUGUUUGGGCUUAUGGUUUGGUGCUUCAUGGGGGCGCUGGUCACCACCACUUAUGGCGGCUUUUACGUCGUUCAACUCAUGGACGCCUACGGCGCCCCGAUCUCCAUUUUACUUGUUGUGUUUUUAGAAGCUGUGACAGUCUCGUGGAUCUACGGCGUUGACAGAUUUAGUCAAGACAUUGAAUCCAUGCUAGGCUCUCCACCGGGCCUGUUUUGGAGAAUAACUUGGACCUACAUAAGUCCCGUCUUCUUAUUAACUUUGUUUAUCCUGUCCAUCUUGGAAUCACCGCCACCAGAGUACGGGUCGUAUGUCUUUCCCUAUUGGUCACUCACCAUCGGCUGGCUAUUGGUCUGCACCUCUAUUCUCUGUAUACCAAGCUACAUGAUUUUCAGGUUUUUUAAGACGCCUGGAUCUUUGAAAGAGAGAAUCUAUUUGAUGAUCACGCCAGCAGAAAUACCAGAGCACGUGAAGCAACAGCAGGAGCUUCCGGUUUAUUUAUAGACGUGAUUUGUGCCACAGACCAUAAAGCACAGAUCAUAAAUCAAAUAUUUCCACUAUUCAUAAAGUCCAACACCUAAACAACUCAUAAUAAUAAUCCAAACAAAUGCCAAUAUCUUAAGUCCAAUACACAUGUACAUUCUUUCUAAAAUGCCUGCACAGAUUAUAUAGUACGGCUCAUAAGCAUGCUCUGAUGUAAUGUUGCCUUGCUUCCAUCCAGUGGCAUAGCUAGGGAUUUGGGGGCCCGCGGGGUGCUCGACCUCUACAUUUCGACAUCAUGACAUGAGAAAUUGCCGUAAUAUUUAAUGUAAAAACACUCAUUAGGGGGGCUCGGGUGGAUGUUCAGAUUUGGACCCCCACCCCUCACCCUAGCUACGCCACUUCUGCCAUCACCGUCACUGUUCCAAGUCUACAUACGGUACUGUCUUCAGAUGUUGCGUUGCGUAAGCAUGUAGAUCUAGAUCCUGUAGAUUUAUAGCUGCUUCCUACUUUAGCGGUUAUCGGGCUGUGCAAUAACCAGGCUACAGAAAACAUACUCGUGUAUGGGUCAUUGUGCUCAGGAUAGUUCCAGUCAUCAAGAAAGCACCAAAGAUCAAAACAGUGUUGAAUAGAACCUUUGCCAGGACCGAAUGAACAUUUGUAAGCUAAUUUAUUUCACGGACAAAACCAGAUUAACUGUUUUAAAUGUUUUAGUGAGGUAGAAGAUGCAGAGAAAGAGAUAGUGAUAGCCAUGGUAUUAUGUGAUUGAGAAUAUGCAUUGUUUUACAUGUAUCUGCGGAGGCACAUUCUCAAAUAAGUGGCGUCUUAAUGUUCCACAGUUUGACUCUAGAGUGGCUUGAGUUCAAACCUUUUUUGUGUACUUUAUGUCGAUAUCUAGAUCUAUUUCACAGGUUAAUAUUUUGCUCAAUAUAAUAAAUAAAUUAUGUGGGUUUGUAUCAGUGGCGUCACUAGGGUGGGCGUCACCCGGUGCAGCCCGCAACCCCGCCAUCCGCCUAGAGACGCCAAUGGUUUACAUGACUAUUAUUAUAUAACUGGAAAAAAAUAAGUUACAUGUGUGUUUUUAGUUUUAUUAUCUUAGAUGACAUGAUCCAGCAUUGAUUUUCAUGAAUACAUGAAGAAGUAAUGGUACACAUGUAAGCAUGUCAAUAUGUCGUGUUUGUAACUGAGAAUAUCUCUGUUUGGUCAACUUCAUUACAGGUUAGUGUGGAGUCUUUUCAAAUAGCCAGAUCAACUUCAUUACAGGUUAGUGUGGAGUCUUUUCAAAUAGCCAAAGUCUAUUCUCCAGUAUUGUUAAUUUCAAUCUAACCACGCGGCUCUAUUUAAGAUCCUGCCUUUAGGAGUUCAAUUGAAAACUAUUUUAACUCUUUCUCUCCGUAAUUAUUUACCACAUUCUGGUGGAAUCAACGCUGGUAUCGUCAGUUAGGAGAGAAAGAGUUAAGAAUACCGGGUACUCAUUCCGAACAGUACGAAAGUUAUUGUCAUAAAUCUAUGGAUUAUUACAGUCGAAUCUUUGUUUAAAAACUGAUAUAUUCUUCAUUAUUGUAAUGGUCGCUAUGACUACAAUGUCAUCCUUGGCAUAAUGUAAUUAGAAACUUUUACAAUAUUAAAAUAUUGUUUUGUUCUAUUUAGCGUAAGCAAUGUUAGGUUUUUAAGCGCUUUAUUUUUACAAUGUCCAAAAUAUUAUAUAUAUAUAUAUAUUCGAUCAAGUAAUAUAUUUAUCUAGAUGUUAUCAUUAAAAACUUAGGUUAAAACUUUUACAUUUUUUGUCAUGUUUAAACAAAAUAAUGUUCCCACUGUGAUUCUUUUUAAACCGAAACGGGUUCAACUAUCUGGCGUCAUACGUGUAUGAAUAUUUUUAUCCCGUAGUUCUGUGGUUUUGCGUAUAACUAUUAACGUAACAGUAUUAGCAGGGAAUCUAGGUCUAGAUCUGUUCUUGGCAGUGGCUAGCAGGGUAUCACUGGGCCCUGGUUCCAGAUAGCUCCCCCUACCUCUAAGAAACUAGCAAACGAGUCAUCCUGUAUGUAUCAUUAUACAAGUCAAAGUGUCAUGACACUUUAUUCAGUACAACUUCUUAUAAGUAAUAGUGUCAUGACACUUUAUUCAGUAACAACGUCUUAUAAGUAAUCGUGUCAUGACACUUAAUUCAGAACGACUUCUUAUAAGUAAUAGUGUCAUGACACUUAAUUCAGUAACAACUUCUUAUAAGUAAUAUCAUCAAGACGCUAAAUUUCUAAAGAACUACGUAUAAAAAUGAAACACUUUUUAAUUGCCCCGGUUCCACUUUCACCUUCAACUAUCCCUUAGUCUGUUAAACUGUUGGGGCAUCACACAUGAUCAAUGAUAAUCUUUCUGGAAUCUCUUUCAAUGCUUUCUCUGUCACAUUGCCCCCCCCCCCCCCUCUCCGGUUGGUGACUUAUUAAUUAUCGAACCCCAUGGCUGCUAUGUCACUGGCUCGUGGUAAAUCGGAAGUGAAGAACCCCCAUUAAUGUAAACUUAAUCUCGUAGCGACCCUUGGUUAAUUAUCUACAUUGUGCCACGAACAAUUUAUGUGGGAUUAUACUAAUAAUAUCAGUCUCGACGUUUACUAGAUAACUUAUGGUUCUUUCGGAAUUGUUCAGGAUAUAAUUCUACAACAAAUGCUAAUUCGUAGUUUUGCAGGCCUACUUUAUGGUUGAGCAGAACUUGUGUGAAUGUGUGAGUUUAUGUGUGUAUGUGAGUCUAGAUGAGUACGUAUCUGUAAGUGUGUAUGCACAAGCAAGUAUAUAUGUGUAAUUUUGGUAUAUGAGCGUGUAUGUGUGUAAAUGUAGCCCUCGUAGAAGACGGAAAGAAAACUUAAAUAGACCCCCCCCCCCCCGACGGACAACGCCUUUGUCUGCAACAGAUGUCAACAAAAAAAAAAAAAUAUGCGGGCGGCAACUUGGUUUGCGUGUCCAUGUGAAACACUGCACCCAUCCUUAAUUUUCGGAAUGUGUUCAGGGCCGGAUUUAGGUAUGGGGAGGCCCCUACACUUUUUCGAAAGCUUGAAUAAAAAUCCACUUUAUAAUAAAAUACUAAUACCUAAAAGCCAGGGGCGGACUGGCUAUAUGGGCAUUUUUGCAAAUGCCCGGUGGGUCGGUACCCAAAUGGACCGGUAGGGUCACCGAAAUGGCCGAUGCCACAAUGGCACAUAUCAAAUUGUUAAAGGUUUUAUAAUAUUCUCUAAUAAAAACGCCUUCUGAGCUUCGUGUUUAAAAGCAAAUCUUUCACAGACUACAGUGUAAUACUACUUUAAUUUAGCACAUUUUCCGAAAUAACCUUCAUUCGUAGUCAGUAGGCUUCAUCCUCUUAGGGCCUACAUACUCAGCGAUUAAGAAGCAACAUAAGAACUAUAGGCCCUAUUUCUAAUACAACUAUACAGUUCGCUGCGUGCAUGCAUUUCGAUAAAUUAUCAAACUUAUAUAAUGAUCUUGAAGACAGGUAGACCUAGAAUUAUAUGCCAAUCAUAUGAUAUAGAAAUUGUGGGCCGGAUUGUAUAGAAAUGCCCGGGCCGAUUUUGACACCUAACCCUGACCCUGCUAAAAGCAUGUCAUAUUUUAGAAGAAAGAAAAUAAUUGUAAACCUUAUUUAAUUUUCGUGUUUAAAAAAAAAAUAUAAUGAUUUAAUAUGCAAAUUUUAGUAACAAAAAAAAAUGUAAUUCUUAGGGUUUACAUAAGAGUAUAUUAUAAGAAUACCAUAAGCGGAGACUGUAUAAUUCUAACCACGACAAUGUCGCCAACUUUAAAAUUUAAAGUAUUGUCAGUAAAAAUGCGAAAAGAAUGUUUAAAGAGGAAACAUAAAGUAGCUGAUCCUUCAAAAUAUAGAUUUUUUCUCUCUCUCUUAGGCUCUAUAUAAAUUUACUUAAAAGACACAUUUUAUUGCACGAUUGUCCAUUGUCUUAAAUGAGUAUAUCUUGUCUGUUAUCUAGAUCUAAUUGCCCCAUUUUCAUGGUUACUUUAUCCGGCUUCCUUUUGUAUCAUAACUCAUCAUGAGAAUAAAUCCCAGAUUCCCUUGCGUGGGUAUUCCCGUGGACUAUGUUCUCAUUUUCAUCACUGUUCAAUGUUUAUUUUUCUCAGUAUCGGCCUUCUUGAAUCCCGUAUAAAUAGCAUUACGUGGCUCAUUUAUAUACUUUUAUAAACCACUUUUUUGUUGUUUUUUAAAAAGAAACCGAGAUGUCCAAGUGUUGUGAUAUACACGUAGUUCGAUGUGAUAUUUAGAACCAAACUUACUGUGUAUAUAGUCUUAUAUAGGCUAGUUCUAGCUGAUGUUUUAUAUCAUUAUAAUCUGUAACCAAUGUUUUCGUAUUAAUGUUCUACGCCAAGCGAGGUGAUGAUUGACUGAUAUGUUUACUAUGACAAUUGUAGUGUGUGAGCAUGUUUAAUUAAUAGAUCUUCAAGCCAACAUUUGAUGGUCUAAAUAUAGUCCUCACAUAGUUUAUGUAAUGUUUAUGCAAGUAUGUAGAUCUAGGUACUUUGGUAGUGGCUUGGAUUAAAAUAUUACAUUCGAAAGAAAGAUCUUUGGUUGAUUUAAAACUUUUGAGAAAUGCCUUUUUGUGUUUUAAUUUCUACCUAGAUCUAGCUCACCAAUUUUCAACCAUUUUUGUUUAUGUCAGGUCAGGUCAAGUCGUCAUUUUCAAAUUUAUCAAUUUAAAUAUGUUUAUUUUAUUCUUGUUUGUGACAUUGGUGGGUAUGUUAUAAAUGCAGUGGUUCCAAAUCUCAGAAAUGGAACAACUGUUACCUACCACAGGCUAGCAGACGAUCUCGGGUGAUCAAAGGCAAUGGAAAGGUAACUCCAAAAUGAAACAACUGCUCCUUAUCAGAUGAUCUUGGAUGAUCAAAGGCAAUGAUAAUAUAUAUAGAAAGAAGGAAUUCCAGGAGCCACUUUGCACUAAUCUGCAUUCAUUAGACCAAAUCAUUAAAUGAAGUAUUCCAUUGUGAAUCCUUUCAUCCUUGAAUUUCUUUUGUAAAAAUUGAUCAGCCAUUUUUUUUUAUGUCUGUCCUAGUUAGUACCUACGUGUCAUUUUAAAAGCUGUUGUAUUCGCAAUAUUUUAGCAGAUAAAACUGAAAAGAUCGAACUUAAAAAAACAAAAUACACACUGAAACAUUGUCUUUUUUUCCCCCUUAGCAUGGACGCUGUGGGGGGGGGGGGUAUGGUCAUGUGAUCUAAUUUAUUUUUAUCUAAAUUUUUUAAUUUCUUUUUUUUGGUGUCGUAUAAAUGCAUAAAGUAACUGGUACUCUUGUAUGUUUUAUUAUACUGAGAAUGUAUGAAAUAAUAUUUGAUGGUAUUGCUUUAACGUAGUUGAUAUCACUUGCAGAUGUAAGAAAGCUUAGACCAAAGAGAGGCUGCGCAUAUUAAAUUGUGGACAGUGGCGAGGGAGAACAUUUUGUACAUAGUAGAAUAAACUUGAUUUAGAUUGAUUAUAUCCUCUGCUCUUGUUAAUGUAGUGUUAGUAACUGUAGAUUAGACAACUUUCCUGUAUUUCUACCAAUGUUAACUAAUUGUUACCAUAUUUACAUUUGUGUAAGAAAACAUCUUGGAGUUUAAGAGUUUACUUUAAAAAAUCUGGGAAAACUUAAAUCUUGCUAUGGAGUUUUUAAGACGUUGAAGCUGUUCAGGAAAAUACGUGAGUGAGCUUUUUAAAAAAAUGUUUCUACAAAAGUAGCCAUUUUUAACAACUUUUGCCUUUUUUUUUAGCAGUCUAUUAAAUUGUUAUAGCAGACGAAUUGUGAUACAUCUUGUUGAUCUUAUGUUAAUGUUAUUUUAGAUUUCAGGAAAAUACGUGAGUGAGCUUUUUCAAAAAUGUUUCACCAAAAGUAGCCAUUUUUAAAAACUUGCUUUUUUUUUUUAUAGCAGUCUAUUAAAUUGUUAUAGCAGACGAAUUAUAAUACAUCUUAAUGUUUGUUUUUUUUAGAUUUCAGCGGCUUACACACAACUUACAAAAUUACUGUCAGUCAGUUUCUUUAUCGUUUGCUCAUUAACAUAUAGAUCUAGAUCUAAUUACCUCGAAAUUAAUUGAUUUUAAAAAAGUCGAAAUCGAAACUCAUGUAAAAUCGUAGAUAAACAGAAAUGGGUGUUCUGUUUCAGAGAGAUUUCUGUUUUCCCUCAAAUGUUUUAACUGGACAGUGAUUAGUCCGAAAGUGUAUAAGCAAUAAAUGUAAAUGCCAAAUGUCCAUUUCAGAGUGUAUGUAAUCACUGAUAGACUUGUUAUUUUUCAAGCAUAGAUUCUUGUAUGUGUAUAAUUGCUUAUAUAUUCUCAAUCAAACACUGUUUCAUGGCCUUCUUUCUAGAAUAAAAAUAAACCUUUA